AUGCUCUUCUACUUUGUGUAUGUCCAGCUUGAAGCAGUUAUUAGAAAGCACAAAGAUCAUGAGGCAUUUUGUGGACUCAACGAUAUCCUCAGCAAGAUUGCCAGGGCUGAUGGUAUUGCUAAAGAUUUGCGUUUCUACCUUGGGGAGGACUGGAAUUUCACGUACCAACCAACUCAAGCUGUGCACGACUAUAUCAAACACUUGAAAGAGCUCGAAGAAAAGAACCCAGUCCUGGUGCUACCAUAUUGCUACCACAUGUACAUGGCUAUGCUUGCAGGUGGCAUGAUGAUCAAGAAAUUAGUAAAAAGAAGCUUUGCACUACCUGAGGGAGAAGGACUUGACUGUUUUGCCUUUGACGUCAAGAGUAACAAGGCACUUCGCGAUACGGUAAAGGAGGAAAUCAACAAAUGGCAGCCCGAUGAAGAGACAAGGAAGGCCAUUCUUGCCGAGUCCGUGAAUUGUUUCAGAUUGAACAAUCAGAUUGUUCGAAGCCUUGACGGUGCAGGUGUUCGUGCAGUAGAAUUCAUUCUUAAGUGGUCGAUAACUAUUGGCUGUAUCCUGUUGAUGGUCCUCGCUUUGCUGUCUACUUUCAACAGUCUGUAA